UAUUUUUGAUUGAUAAAACAACAAAAAAGUGAAUGUGCUUACAAUUGCAAAGAAAUGAAAAAUUUUAAAUAAAAAAAUUUAAAUGAAAAAAUAUUUUAAAAAGAAUUCAAAAUAAUUUGAUAAAAAGAAAAAAAAAAUACAUUUAAUCCAACAACACAAAAAAAAAAAAAAACUAGAAUUUAGUUUUAAUAAUUUAUUAAAUUAAUGCCAUGGCAUUAGAAGAUCGCUGUAGUCCACAAAGUGCUCCAAGUCCUCCAGGUAUACCACAAUCACCACAAAGUACUACAUCAUCAUCAUCAUUAAUAUUAGAUAUGAGAAUGCAUCAAAAUCAAUUACAUCAAAAUACAAUGCAUCCAUUUUCAGCAACAGCAGCAUUUGCUGGUUAUAUGUUACCACAACAGUAUGAACAUUUAAAGCAAUUACAACAACAGCAACAAGAAUUACAACAUCAACAAUUACAACAGCAGCAACAACAACAGCAAUCGGAUGAUUAUCGAAAUAAAUUACUGAGAUUAUCACCAACAUCGGCAACAUCUGGCCAAUCUGAUAAUACAUCAGCUGGACCAACAAUUAAAGAAGAAGAAAAUGAUUCAAUUAUUGAUGAUGAAGAUGAACAUAUUGAUGUUGAUGAUCAAAUUCCAGCACAUCAUAUUCAAUCAAAAACACCAUCACCACCAUCAGCCCAAUUACAGCGUAUUAGUUUUUCAAUAUCAAAUAUUUUAAGUGAUCGUUAUGGUAGAUUACAUGAUACACAAGAACCCGAUGAAGAAUUAAAAUUAUCCAUAAAUGAUAAAAAAACAUCAUCAACAAUUAAUCAACGGCAAAUACAAUCAAAUUUAGCAACACCAAUAUUUAGACCAUUUGAAAUUAAUAGAAAUUUAACAAAUGAUUCAAGUGAAAAAUCAGCAUUUACACGUUUAACAACACCAGCUAGUUUAUUAGAAUAUAGUCGGGUACAACAGCAAGCGGCAGCAGCAGCUGCUGCAGCUGUUAUGAUGGCUGAACGUGCAAAUUUUUUAAAUUGUUUUAAUCCAGCUGCAUAUCCACGUAUACAUGAGGAAAUUUUAAAUAGUGCAAGAAAAUGUAAAAAUCAACAUCAAACACAACAAUCAACAUCAAUAUUACCUCCGCCACCAACAUCAGGUUCAAUUGUAUCACAGUUAUCUUCAUCAGAUGGAAAUGAUAAAAUUCCACCACUUGGAAGUUUAUGUAAAACAGUUUCACAAAUUGGUCAAAAUACUUCUUCUCAUAAUAAUAAUCAUAAUAUAUCAUCAACAUCUGCCCAAUCAUGUUUAUCAAGUCCACCUCCAACAUCAGUUUCAUCAUCAUUUUCAACUUCAUCAUCUGGUUCAUCGACAACAUCAGCUUCACCAUUAUGUCGUAUACCAAAUAAUAGCCCACAACCUAUUCCACCUCAAUCAGUUAGCCGUGAUUCUGGUAUGGAAUCAUCUGAUGAUACCAGAUCAGAAACUAGUUCAACAACCAAAGAUGAAAAUAAUCCAUUAUGGCCAGCAUGGGUAUAUUGUACACGUUACAGUGAUAGACCAAGUUCAGGUCCAAGGUAUAGACGUCCAAAGAAACCAAAAGAUCCAAAAGCUCCAAGUGAUGAUAAAAGACCUCGUACAGCAUUUUCAAGUGAUCAAUUAGCUCGUUUAAAGCGCGAAUUUAAUGAAAAUAGAUAUUUAACGGAACGUCGGAGACAACAAUUAAGUUCGGAAUUGGGUUUAAAUGAAGCACAAAUAAAAAUUUGGUUUCAAAAUAAAAGGGCUAAAAUAAAAAAAUCAUCUGGACAUAAAAAUCCUUUAGCAUUACAAUUAAUGGCUCAAGGAUUAUAUAAUCAUUCAACGGUGCCAUUGACCAAAGAAGAAGAAGAAUUAGAAAUGCGCAUGAACGGUCAAAUUCCUUAAUUUUAAUAAAUUUUAUUUGUUUGUUUUUUAUUUUAUUUUUUUCAUAUACAUACUUCAUAUAUUUCUUAUACAUACAUAUAAACAACUAACUAUAUACGGAAAAUUU